AUGGUGAAACUCGCAAAGUUCGGUAAAAAUCAAAGUGAGCCGGCCGAGUCCAAGAAAAUGGCUCCUCCCCCGAAGGAGGUGGAAGAAGACAGUGAAGAUGAAGAAAUGUCAGAAGGUGAAGAGGACGACAGCAGUAGUGGAAAAGAGGUUGUCAUCCCUCAGAAAAAAGGCAAGAAGGCUACAACUCCAGCAAAGAAAGUGGUGGUUUCACAAACAAAAACGGUUGCAGUUGCCACACCUGCUAAGAAGGCAGCCAUCACCCCAAGCAAAAAGGCAGCAGCCACACCAGCAAAGAAGACACUUACCCCAGCCAAAGUGGUUGCAACGCCUGGUAAGAAGGGAGCUACACAAGCAAAAGCAUUGGUAACACAGCCUAGUAAGAAGGGAGCUGUCACCCCAGCCAAGGGGGCAAAGAAUAGUAAGAAUGCCAAGAAGAAAGACAGUGAUGAGGAGGAUGAAGAGGAAGAGGAAGAUGAUAGUGAUGAGAAUGAAGAUGAAGACAACGAUGAGGAGGAGGAAUCUGAGCCUGCAGUUCUGAAAAAAGUAAAAGCAGUGAAACCAGCAAAUGGGGCAAAAGCAGCAGCACCUGCUCCUGCCUCAGAAGAUGAGGAGGAAGAUGAUGAUGAUGAGGAGGAGGAAGAUGAUGAGGAAGAAGAAGAUGGUGACAAGAACUUUGUAAAUAAAUAUCUUAAAGCUCAGGUAUAUAAGUUUAAAAAAGGAGGAAGAAGAAGGGAAAUGGGAAGGGGAGAAGGAAGAGGGGAAAAAGAGAAAGAAGGGGAAGUGGGAGGGGAGAAGGGGGAAAAUGAAGAGGAAGAAGAGGAGGGGGAGGAGGAAGAGGAGGAGGAGGAGGAGGAAGAGCCUGUUAAAGAAGCACCUGGAAAAUGGAAAAAAGAAAUGACUAAACAGAAAGAAGCUCCUGAGGCCAAGAAACAGAAAGCUGAAGGCUCAGAACCAACUAUGUCUUUCAAUCUGUUCAUUGGAAACUUGAAUCCUUGCAAAUCAGUUGCUGAAUUAAAAGUUUCUACCAGUGAACUUUUUGCUAAAAAUGAUCUUGCUGUUGUGGAUGUCAGAACUGGCACAAAUAGGAAAUUUGGUUAUGUUGAUCUUGAGUCUUCCAAAGACCUAGAAAAGGCUUUGGAACUCACCGGCUUAACAGUGUUUGGCAAUGAAAUUAAACUAGAAAAACCAAAAGGAAGAGACAGUAAGAAAGUUCGAGCUGCAAGGACACUUUUGGCCAAAAACCUGUCUUUCAACAUCACUGAGGAUGAAUUAAAAGAAGUGUUUGAAGAUGCCAUGGAGAUUAGAUUGGUUAGCCAGGAUGGGAAGAGUGAAGGGAUUGCUUAUAUUGAAUUUAAGACAGAAGCAGAUGCGGAGAAAACCUUGGAAGAAAAGCAGGCAGAAAUUGAUGGGCGAUCUGCUUCACUACGCUACAAUGGAGAGAAAGGUCAAAGCAAGAGAGUGGGAAAGAAUAGCACUUGGAGUGGUGAAUCAAAAACUUUGGUUUUAAGUGACCUUUCCUACAGUGCAAUGGAGGAAACUCUUCGGGAAGUAUUUGAGAAGGCAACUUUUAUCGGAGUGCCCCAGAGCCCAAAUGGCAAAUCUAAAGGGUAUGCAUUUAUAAAAUUUGCUUCAUUUGAAGAUGAUAAAGAAGUUAACUCCUGCAAUAAAAUGGAAAUUGAAGGCAGAACAAUCAGACUGGCGUUGCAAGGACCCAGGGGAUCACCUAAUGCAAGAAGUCAGCCAUCCAACACUCUGUUUGUCAAAGGGCUGUCUGAGGAUACCACUGAAGAGACCUUAGAAGAAUCAUUUGAGGGCUCUGUUCGUGCAAGAAUAGUCACUGAUUGGGAAACUGGGUCCCCCAAAGGGUUUAGUUCUGUAAACUUCAGUAGUGACGAAGAUGCCAAAGCUGCCAAGGAGGCCAUGGAAGAUGGUGAAAUUGAUGGAAAGAAAGUUACCUUGGAUUGGGCCAAGCCUAAGGGUGAAGGUAGCUUUGGUGGCCGUGGAGGAGGCAGAGGAGGCAGAGGAGGCCGAGGUGGAAGCAGAGGAGGAAGAGGCAGAUUUGGUGGCAGGGGCCAGGGAGGCUUUGGAGGUCAAGGAGGCUUCGGAGGAGGCAGGGGAGGAGGAGGAGGAGACUUCAAGCCACAAGGAAAGAAGACGAAGUUUGAAUAGUUCUGUUUCUGUCUUUCCUCCUUCCAUUUGAAAGAAAGGACUCUGAGAUUUUUACUCUGUUACCUGUUCAAUGACAGAGCCUUCUGAGAACAUUCCAAGACAGUAUGCAGUCCUGUGGCCUACUUGGAAUCCAUAUAGAUAACAUUUCAAGAGAUACCCUAUUGGUUUUGAUUGGAUAUUCAUAUAAACUUUUUU